AAAAUUAUGUAUAGCCAACCAAUGGGUGCCCUAAUAGUGCAAUUGUUCUUGGCUUCAAAUUUUAUAUAUUUUUAGUUCUAAAAUAUAUAAUAUAUUUUUAGAAAUUACAAAAGAUAUUAAUGUUGAAUUUUGAAAUCCUCUCAACAUUUUCUUGUAGUUUUUAUUUCCCACAAUUCAUUUUUCUUUUCUUUUGAGAGCUAAUUAAUUAAAUUAAUUAGCUCUCGUUUCACCAACGUUUCCCCUCCCUGCAAAUUCAAAUUCUUCUUCAACCAACAAUUAGGUUCUCCUCUCUAUCUCUUGUACAAUCGCCAUUUCUGUGAUUCAUCGUACGGCAUUUCACCUUUAAGUUGAAGGAAAUGCCAGAAAUUUUGUUGGGAGCUUACACGUUAAAAUCUCAUGGAACAAAGCUUGCAAGAAUACACUUGCAUGACUGGUUGAUUCUUAUACUUCUCAUCGUGAUAGAAAUUAUAUUAAAUGUUAUCGAACCUUUUCAUCGGUACAUCGGACCACACAUGUUGACGGAUAUUAUGUUUCCGUUUCAUGAAGAUACAAUUCCUUUCUGGGCUGUUCCGUUUCCCACGAUAGUGUUGCCGAUCAUAGUCUUUGCCGUGUACUAUUAUCACCGGAAGGAUGUAUACGACCUGCACCAUGCCAUACUUGGCCUUGCCUACGCUGUUCUUGUAACCGGAGUUAUAACGGAUUCAAUCAAAGAUGCUGUUGGCCGGCCUCGACCCAAUUUUUUCUGGCGUUGCUUUCCUGAUGGAAAGGCGGUGUUUGAUAAUUUUGCCAGGGAUGUUAUUUGUCAUGGGGAUCCAAGAAUCAUAAAGGAAGGUUAUAAAAGUUUCCCCAGUGGACAUACUUCAUGGUCAUUUGCAGGUUUAACAUACCUAUCGUGGUACUUAUCGGGGAAAAUUAGAGUAUUUGAUCGUAGAGGUCAUGUCGCAAAACUUUGUAUCAUGUUUUUUCCUGUUCUUACUGCUGCUCUCGUGGGUAUUUCUCGUGUCGAUGACUACUGGCAUCACUGGACCGAUGUCUUCGCCGGAGCUCUUAUAGGAUCAACAGUUGCAGCAUUCUGUUACCUGCAAUUUUUUCCUUACCCAUACGACAAUGAUGGUUGGGCACCGCAUGCAUAUAUUCAAAUGGUGAUAGCGGAGAGGAGUGGGAGAGCAAAUUCCUCCACGGUAAGGACUGAGCCACCAGCUACCAAUCAAGCAGAUGUUGAAGUUGGAUCUUAUGAUAAUAAUAGCAUGCGCAGUAUAGAUUAA